AUGGCCACUGAAGCUGGCACAGGCCAAAUGACGAAGGAGUCACUCCGAGAUGCUUACCGUUCCAUAAAGAAGAUGUCUCUAAACCAUCUAAGUGCAAAGCAGCACCUGCUGAUGGCACUCUGUAGAGAUGUCUCUAUGCUUCCUCCAGUCUAUUAUACAUUUAUGUCGUUGAAGAAAGCUUGGCAGAUAUCCAUACAAACAACGAUAAAGCUUUAUGAGCCGCAAUCACUUCGAGAAAGUUUAAUAGCGUUUUGGCAGACGUAUAUGGUUGCUAAUAUAAGUGAUUCAGUACAGUUUAGUAAUUUAAGAACUAUGGAGAAUGUUACACAGCAUAAUGUUAACAACACAAGUGCAGAGAAUUGGGAAUCUGUGCUGUUUACCGCACUAACCAAGGCUCGUGCUUCUGAACACUUAUUCUGUGCACUAUGGUGUUUGGUUUCCUUGUACUUGACUUAUGCUAUCCUUGAUUCUUUAAUGGUACGAUGGAUUGUAAAGUACUCUACUCUGGCAGCAAUUUUGAGAAUGUUUUCUAUGUCUAUGAUAAUAAUAACAUUUGAACUGAUGUUACUAGCAUCUUUAUCCCCCGAAAAGAACUAUUUUUUACACACUUGGAUUACAAUUAGUUGUAUUCUAACGGCUGUCUAUAUCUGGCAAAGCUAUUUGACCUCUGAUCUUAAUUAUGUGAGAAAUAAAAAACUAGACAUCAAUGACAUUGAUGUUGACGAUGAAAUAGAAGGUAUUAAUGGACAAUUCAGUUAUUCUACAACUAUAGAGGCUACACCAGAUAAUAAUAGCGAAUAUGAGGUUAUCUCUAAUGAGGAUAGCCCAUCACAAAUAAAUCAGAGAAGACUAAACACGAUUGGAAGUCAACAGUCGCGAUCAUCGACACCAACAUCUGCAACAUCGCAAAGGCGGUCACAAAAAAGAAACACUGUGAAAAGUAUCGAUUUUACAACUAAAAGAUACAUUGAUCUCUACAACAUUACAGUAUUCUGUGUUGUUCCUGUUGGGAUAGCAAGUUUUAUCACCAUGGUCGGAUUACUGAGGAAUUUAUUUAUCCAGAGAUUAGAUGUUGAACAACUAGGAAGAAUGUUACAUGAAAGUUAUAAUCCAUAA